AAAUUAGUGAAAAUCAUUUAAUUUUAAUGUUAAAUAUUAUAUUUUUGGCAAAGAACGUAAUUAUAAAAAUUGUUUAGAUAACCUGCAUCGCAUGAUUAAAUUGAGAAAUAAAUGUUCUUCGUGUUUUCAUAAUUUCUAACGUCUGUGGUGUUAGCAAAGCUAAAAUGAUAAAUGCCUCAAAUAUCUGGCAGUUUUCUGCCUCCUCCAAGACUCAGUUAGAGCGCUGUUUAGCAGCCGCACAGUAUGAUAAUCAGAACAAGUGGAUACAAAAGUUCAAAAUAUUACAACCUGUUACUGACGAGACUACGCGAGCACAAGUAGAUACACAAUCGAUAGAACUUAUGGAAGUAAACGAAAUACCAGAUUCACCAGAAACAGAAAAUGCUGUGGCUACCAAUGCCGUAGAACAGCAACAGAUGGACUUCUUCGAAGAAGUUGUGGAUGCUGAUCCAUUGGCACAUUUUGAUAAAAUAGUUGAAAUGUGUUUGCGAGACAAAAGUGUAUACAAUCUACUAAUAAGCAAUUUAUCACCGGUAUCAUUACAGAAACUUUGCAAUCACAUAUUUUCUACUAAAGAUGUAAAGAAGGAAUUCUUAGAAAGUUUUUAUAAAUAUUUUCUACCAGUGUAUUUUAAAAAGGAGCACACUUGGUUUUCUUUGGAUAUAUUAGUGAAGGCUAAAGAAUGCCAUGGUGAGCAAUUUGGAAAUCUUCUAUUGAUAUUACUAAAUGAAAAAGAUUUUCCGAGCAAUAUAUUACAGGAAUUUGUGUCUACUUUAGAUUUGAAGGAGCAAAAUUCCUUCAUAACGAGUAUAGCAGAUUAUGACAUAUCAAAUGAAAUGUUUUUACAUAAUUUGUACACAAUAUUCAUAACUUAUAAAGAGUGUCACAAAGAUGAGAACAUACAAAAUUACAUUUUAAAAAAGUUAACUCAACUGAGUGAUGUUUGUUCCACUGACAAGAACUAUGGACGCUUUCUAUUAACUUAUAUACAAAACAGUAAAUGCACGAGUAACUUAGUUGUCCUGGAGAAACUUGUGGAGGCACAUAGGUCAGCCUUCAAAAGACCAUGUAUUAAUGCUUUAAGUCAAAUAAAAUAAAAUGUUUAAAUAAAAAAUU